ACCAGGAGGACCCUGAGAGCAGACAGGAUGAAGUCUUUCCUCUGGAGCCUGCUGUACUGCGGCUCUCUGCUGCUGUCUGACGUACGGGCCACGUACCACCUCAGUGCGGGAGACCCUCACCUGUUAGCCGCACAGAGCCACGCUCAGAGCAGGCAUAAUGGCCGACCACCGCACAGGACCCUCAACCCUGCGAAGACAGACUCUCAGUGCAGGAGCCGGCCCCUCGACCUGGUCUUCAUCAUCGACAGCUCUCGGAGCGUGCGUCCAGCUGAGUUUGAGAAGGUGAAGAUUUUCCUUGCUGACAUGGUGGACACAUUGGAUGUGGGUGCUGAUGCCACCAGAGUCGCUGUGGUCAACUACGCCAGCACAGUCAAGAUUGAGUUCCUGCUCAAAGACCAUGCCAAUAAAAUCGAAAUGAAGAAAGCCAUCUCCCGCAUCGAGCCUCUUGCGGCUGGCACCAUGACCGGCCUUGCCAUCAAGACAGCUGUGAAUGAAGCCUUCACUGAACAGUCUGGGGCCCGACCUCGCUCUAGGAACAUCUCCAAAGUGGCUAUCAUUGUGACAGAUGGGAGACCUCAGGACCAGGUGGAGGAGGUGUCUGCAGCAGCUCGGGCGUCAGGCAUUGAGAUCUACGCCGUAGGUGUUGACCGUGCUGACAUGCGCUCCCUGCAGCAGAUGGCGAGCAUCCCUCUGGAGGACCACGUCUUCUAUGUGGAGACGUAUGGAGUCAUCGAGAAACUCACCUCUAAGUUCAGGGAGACACUGUGCGGUGUGGACCCCUGUGCCAUGGGAAAUGACUGCCAACACAUUUGUGUCAACAGCAAUGCCUCCUAUUUCUGCCAGUGCCGGGAUGGUUAUAUCUUGAAUCCGGACAAGAAAACAUGCUCCCUGAAACAGGUGAAGGUGGAGGUAGUGGAGGAUCCCUGUAAAUGUGAAGCCAGACUGGUUUUCCAGAAGAAGACGCAGGCCGCCAUUGAGCAGCUCACAGCCAAGCUGACCGAUGUUUCUGGGAGAAUAGAUCGCCUGGAGAACAUGGUGGGCCGGGGCUAAAGCUGGGAAUGACGAGACAGAUGGCUUGCUUCCUGUCAUCAAGUCUCCCAUCACAACUGGAUGAACAUUAAUGACAGAUGGAGCCAAGCAGUGAUUUACAAACCAGUAUCCCUGAAGUUAAUAUUGAUGAGCAUUAACAAAAUCUACAUUUUAUCCUGUUUAAUGAACUUUUAAAACUGCUGUAAAGCAACUUACACUAUAAGUAUGGUGUAAUGUUUAAUGAUAUAUGAA